UGUUCUUUCCUAACCAAAUUUUUUAUUGACAAGCACGGGACCCACAAGGGCCCCAGUCUAAGUAGUGCACUACGCAUAAAAUGCUUGUACUCUACCAAGAACUAAUAACCACAAAAUCAUCAUCUUGAACUACGAACUUAGAACCAUCUACCCUUUUUCCCCUCCACAAUGGCACUCUCUUUCACCUCUAUCAUCAAAUGCCCAACCUCAUCAAGAUUUAGCCAUUGUUCAACACAACCACCCCUCAAUUUAGUAACCAAAUGUGACUUAACCACAAAUGACUCAUCCAAAAAGCUUGAAAUAGGGUCUCCAAUUAUAGUAAUUGAGUCUCCCAAAUUUCUCAAAACUGCAGCCUCUGUGCCUUGUCUUAGACCCAAUAUUGGCCUGGUCAAACCCGGUGAUGUUGGCAGGAUAGUGUCAAGGAAGCCGAUGGACGUAUGGGCAGUUCGUCUCAGCAUUGGCACUUAUCUUAUUGACAGGAAAUACUUUAAGCCCUUGGAGCUUGAAGAAUGAUCAAGUCAUCACUUAUUGAAAAAAUAUUUGCGAUGGACAAAUUUUAUAAGUAAAAACAAAACUCGUUGCUAAUCUUGUUUAGCGAUGGAUUAGAGAUUGAACUUGUUAGAUAUGAGCUAUUUAGUGAUAGACUAGUAAUGAAGUUCGUAGCUAAUUUCAAAUUUUUAGCGAUCUAUAUUUUGAUGAAGCUUUUCAAGAA